AUGGGCACCAUGGCUGAGCAUCGAGAUCGAGAUGAUGGCGUGAUGAGCGGCGUGUGGGGUGUGCUGCGCAACGCGGCAGAUGAAGCGGUUCUUUUACCUUGUCUUGCCAGCCGUUUCCUUGGGUCGUGCGUGAGAGAAUUCAAAGUGAAGGCAAAAGCUUUACAAGCUAGCGCACCGAGACUGACGGCUCCUCCUUCUCACCAACCAGGUAUCUCCAUAUCAGAACUCUUUGAGCUGCUGGGCGACGCUAUCAAGAAUGACGAGGGCGCCAAAACUGAGAUAUGGGCGGGUUUGGUCACGAGACACGAUGUGAUCGAGGUCGGUAAGCAGUUGCCUCUGAAUCAGUCGCCGCUGAGGCUGGUGGCGGUGGAUUUUCUGCUGGAGUAUGGGUUAGGCGGAACGAAGAUACGGCUGCAGGGGGAGAAGGUGCCGGCUGAGGAGCAGGUGCCGGUUGAGGAGCAUGUACUACCAGUCAAGGGGAAUGCACCUGCGGAGGAGAAUACGCCUGUGGAGGAGAAUACGCCUGUGGAGGAGAAUGCGCCCGGGGAGGAGAAGGAAGCUGCCGAGGAGGGCGAGACUAUCCAAGAAAGUGUCGCUGCUGCUGCCCAGGAACAAGUCACGUCGACGAACAACGAGUGCGGAGACGUGCCUGAACAGCAACUGGUCACUUCAAUCGAGUCGGACAUACCACAAGAAACUGCAGAGAGCCAGACACCUCGAGACACGCAGACCUUGAGAUCACGGCAGGUACGCAGACAGCCGCAGACGUCGCCCGGUGCUACCCCAAAGCGCAGAGGACGACCUCCCCGACGAAGUAUCUACGAUCAGCUUGUCCAGCAGGGAGAGAAAGAGCUCGCACCAGCUUCUACUCCUCUGCCUCACGACUAUGUAGCAGGAGACCCGGGAGUCUACAUCGACCCACCCGGGUCAGAGCUCCCGGCUGAAGCUCGGAAGAGUGGCGAAGGCUCAUGUAUCGCCGUCUUCAAGUCUGCAGCUCUGAAGGACCCCCAACGUCUAGAGAAUGGGAAGGGCUCAUGGAAAUCACACAUCAUGUUGGCUGUUGCCAAGGCAAAGCUGGCUCUCGAGGACAAGGUCGCUGCGAAUUACACCGCGGCCGGCCGGCUCAAAAAGCCUGGAAGACCAAGAAACGAUGCUACGCAAAAGCGCAAGAGAAAUCAUCGUGGUGACCCUGGCGAAGAUGGUGAGCUGUCAGAUAAGGAACAAGAUCCGAAAGAGAAUUCUGGGAAGCCCCCAGCCGGACCACCUCCCUCACCGGAGACCGCACAUGCCGUCGCAGAAGAACAUGGCAACCAGCUCGCGUCAGAGAUUCCGCCCCCAUCACCUGCUCUCGAGAUGCCUGGCCCCAAGAAGCGCCAGAAGGGAGCCAAUGGACAACCAUCAGUCCGCCGGGCCCCUGUGCCGGCUAGUUCUAAUCCUUGGGACUUGCCUACAACUCGGAACAAGGGGGAGAACGACAAGUCAGUGGAGGUAGACGAGCACGACGCCAUGCUGAGAGGGCAAAGUUAUCCAUAUGGCGCACAAGCCAUGCAAGAAGCAACCGCUGCUGCAGCUCCUAUCAUAUUACCGCAGCCAGAAACUCAGACCCAUGGACCUCCUGAAUCAGCCUCGCGACCUGUCAAUCCAAAUGAUACCUCCGUAUCGUCUUCCCAGCCAGAUGCGAAUCAGACCUCCGGCCAUCCAUUCCGUUCUGAGUCGCCAGCCGGGAGCUACAGAAGCAUCUACGGCUCCCAGGAGCCACAAAGCCCUGUAAUGUCCGCACUUGGGAUGGGUCCCAGACGCCCGAGUUUCCCCACAUCCUUUUUCCAACGCUCCCAAACGCCGACGGCUCUCCAACCCUUCCCGUCAACAGAUUCUCCUGCCAACCCCCUUAGUAUGUAUGGGGCUGGAAACUUCUCGGCCCUGUCUGGUUUUGGUAGAAUGCAAAUCGGAACCAUGCAGGCCCUUACAGGCGCCAAGCCAACUGGCCUACUCUCGCCCUCUGUAUUUCCAAACACCUCGUCGACCGCUUUACCCGGCAAUGCACAGCAUCAUGAUGAUCCGCAGACGACGCCAUCGGGAUAUACAAACCAGUCUGUUCCGCCUCGGCCAAUAUCGCCAUCUACGGACUCGGCGACAACUGAAGUGCUUCCCACUCAAAAGCCGAUUUCCCAAACACUCUCCUCCAACGAGUCUCAGAUUUCCGGUCCUUCUAAGGAAAUUUCUGGUCUUCCACAACCCGCAGAUACUUCAGUUCCAUCGGUGUCUGAAGCUCGUGGCGGUCUACGAGGCAAUGGUCGUGGUCGCGGUAAGACUCGGGGUGGAGGUCAGCGCAGAGGUCGUAGUGGGAAGUUGAGCAAAGAGCAGCCCGGUGAACAUGCCUCUUCACAGCCAACUCAAACUCCUUCUGGUUCCAUGCAGGAUGCCACUACUACUGAAACGUCCCCGCUUCCGACUUCGGAUAGCAUCAUUGAACCACACAAUUCUCUGGGGGGAGCUCGUGGUAAAGGUAGAGCUAGAGGUCGCGGUGCCGCCCGAGGAAGAGCUCGCGGAGGGUCUCGAGGUGGAUCGAGCGUUCCAAGCAUGAGCUUAAAUGAUCCGCCACCGCCGCUGGGUACCGUUACAGCUGUCGAGCAACCUUCAGCGGCUCUGGAAAUCCCACAGGCUCUCUUGACCAAUGUACCAACGGUUGCUAAGCAAUUGCCAGGUACUACAGUACUUGGUAUCCAAGCGGCAUCUCCUAUGCUCGAGGAGUCUGCUGAAAUUGCUCCGGAUGCUGCUGAGCCUCAUGAUCGCUCCGUCCGUCAACAAAACAAGGUACCAACAACCUACAAUACCGAGGUUCUUACUGGCACAACGGUCCACACCCCACACAGAGAUGUAAAGGAUGCUAAAAAAGCCACCAAGAAGCCGCGUGUGCAAUCUCAAGCAUCACUUGGGAUCCAGCAAUUUUCAGAACCAGCUGAUACAUCGACUGCUACUGAAUCUAACGUUCCUACGGCUACAGACACGUCGAUUGCAGUAGAAAGUCGGGCCGGACCUCAGUCACUACCCAAACCUCUCCAAGAACAAGAAUCAACAGCUGGUGGCCCGACGACGGUUGCUCCUUUUAUUCCUCAGGUCAAUAACACGCUGAGUCAAGUGGUUAAUCCCACGGCUGUACCUGUUGUACUCAAGGGGUCAUGUGGAACUCCUGAGACUGCCGCAUCCCAUCACUCAGCAGCGGCUGGGCAAUCGGCCGAUAUCUCAAUGAUCGAAUCCUCUACCAUCCUUCCCGUUACAAAUACACCGACCUUUGUGGUAAAUGUUGAAGUUCUAUCGCCCGUGCAGUCAGAUGAAGCUGCUCUCCAGCGCCGUCAAGAACUGGACGAAUCAGCUGACGUCUUGAUGGUCGAAAAUCCUGUUCAUCCCCUCGAGACAGACACAUUGGAUUCAUCAGACACUCAAAUUGGAUCUCGGGCGCCAAUGCAGACUGAUGGUUCUGUUGUGCAGCCAGCAAAUCUGGUGGCAAUUGAGAAUGGAAUUCCGCAGGCACCUGCAAUUCAAGCCGAGCAAGCUCCGGUCGACCCCGACAAAUCUAAGAAGAGAAAGCUUUCGGAAGUGGCAGAUGACAACUCCAAUCAAGAGCCCCCUCAGAAGAAACCUGUCUCGAAGAUAGCAUUGAGGAAAAUCGAGACGGCUAAACUGCAAGCCGACAUCUCGGAGGCCGAGGCUGUCGAAAUACGAAACUGCACAGCUCGAUUUUCAUGCUCGUACGAGGAAAAGAUCGGCAAUCUGCUCCUCUCAAACGAUCAGAAGAUAGUGGAAUUCUUCUCCUUGGAUCAGCACCCCCCGCAAAUGUCUAUUUUGAGUCUGCGAGUCUCUAAACUCAUCGGGAACCCAGUCGUUUCCAUGAAGGGAUCAUACCCCAUGGGCCUUCACCUCAAGGUUCUGCGCGAUGAUAAGACUGAUGUCACACACCGUUUCAUUUUCGCCGCGACAGAAGCAGGAAACACCGCAGCAGCCAACAUGCGAUGUGCGAUUACUGGAGCCAUUGUGUUACUGACCAUGGAAGGCGGCGACUACGAAACCAUCCAGGAAACAAAGAUUGCAGGCGAAAAGCCAUUUCAAUGCCAUCUAUGCAAAGGCAGAUUCAAGAAUCCCAAUGGCUUGGAAUACCACCUCAACAAGGCACGGUCGUCAUGCAACCCCAACUUCGUUGAGGAUCGGGAUCUGGACAAGAGAUCUCUCCGGCACUUGAAUUCGGGAAAGCCGCGAACCACAAAAAAGAAGAAGACAGUGCAGUGGAAGCCUGCUGAGGACGAAGAGGACGACCUUGGUAUCGAUCUCAUUGAUAACGCCGAGGAGAAAGCCAGCAGUGGCGAUGAGUCCAUUGUAGAGUGGUGGGAGAAGAACAACACGGCGGCGCUUGAUACACCACAGAACGCUCGGAACGCCCGGAGACCGGGCAAGAGAUACAUGGCUCUGAAUCGGGAGGGUGAUAUCGCAAGCGAGAUCACCAGCGAACUUCCGGAAAUCGGUCUUGUUGAAAACGGACCGCUGCCUGAUAAUUUUAUCAAGCUGGAUCUGGUCACUGCGUCCGGUGUGGCAGAAGCCAUGUCAUGCAAUGAGUUAAACGAGGCAUGGUACCAAGAGGUUGUCGUUUCUCUGGUCAAAAACCACGGAAACGUCUUCGCUGCCGAUCGGAGCGUCUGGUUCGCCAGUGUAGCUGUCUGGUUGAAGCAGCACCCGGUCACAAAUGUCCUUCCCGAGUCCAAGUUCUGCGCCAAGGCCAUCGAUGAUCUCGUUCAGGCCAAGAGCCUCAAUCGACUGAAUUUCUCCUACACCAGCCGCAGGAGCAGAGUUGCCACUCGAGGAAUAAUCACAUGUCCAAGCCUUGAUGUGGAUAAUGCGCGAGUCGAUCAUUUAAAGACCGUGAUCCAGGUCUACGACCCACAAUUCUAUGUCCCGUCACAGUUUGCGCCUUCACAGCCGAUACUCGACAAAUUGCAAAUUGUUGCUGCCCGGGCUCUCCCCCGUCUUCCUGUUGUGGAAACAAUCGUCGACGAAGAAUCGGAGCCGUCCCCUGAUCUACAGGCCGGUGUUAGUGAUGACCUCCUCGUUGACGAUGAAGAAAGCUCCGCAGAGGACGAGUUCGUGAUAGACGACAACGAGGAGGCAGAAGAGGACGAACCCGAUUUCGACGAGGACGUCGAGGAAGACCUUGACAUGGGAACUUCUAGCAAGAAGCGACGUCGUCGGUCCUCCAAGUCCCCGGGUCCAUUCACGAGGAAGCGGGAUCCCAACCACAAUGCCAAGAUCGCAGCUGGCGUGCGUCGCAGAAUGGCGGCCAUCAGAUCAGGUGCUCAGCCGAGUCCGUAUCCCUGGAACAUCAAGCGGGCUUCUCUCACGAAAGAAGAGAAGGACAGACGUGCGGCUGAAGACAAGAAGUUCUUCAAAGAGAGAGCUGCGUAUCGUGCUGUGCAACAACAGUGUUGGGGCAACACUCCUGCUUUCAUGCCAAACACCACUACUGGUGCUUGGGAUCAAGGAGGCCCUCCUUCGAAACCCGAGAAGCCUGCCGGGAUGUCGAAGAGAACUCGUCAUGCUAGACGUCCCCACCUCCCAGAGCCAGUUACAUUCAUGCAAGCAAUGGAUGGAUCUUGGUCAGUUCGGCCAUUUGGUCAUGGAGUAAAUCCAGUGUAUGGUCGCCCAGCUCGCCGAGCCGCAGGAAGCCUGGGAUACGAGGCUUACCGCAAGAAAAGAGAGGAUGGGCAUCGUCCGCUAAUCGAACCUCCUGUAUCCAACAGAGUGCAUCUCCCUCAACCUCCAUCGAAGAGAUUGAUGGACGCAAUCAAGAAGGGAGCUCCCUUGGACCCAGAGACUGGCCUACCAAAGCGGAAGCCACGAGGUGGUCAGAGACGUAAUAGCCAAAGAGCCACGUCAACUCCAUACUCCGACUACGAAUUUGAUGAUUACUGGGAUGAAGAUAGCGAGGACUUCGAAGUACCUCCUGCAAAGCGCCAGAGGACUGUCGACGCCUCGCCUGGAAAAUUGACGGAGCAGCCUCGCGCUGAGCAUUCAAGGGGUGUUGAAUUAAUAUCGCCUGGGCCCGACAAUCUGUUAGAUGUCCGAGUCCCAUCAGUGCGACUCUCAAGAGCUACCGGCAAGCCUGUGCGUAUGUACAAUCGUCACUUUCCCAAGCAAGUCUUUGUACAGGAGCUCGAUGCGAUUAAUGAUGCCUUCGAGCCGAAGGGGUCGAGAUUUGUGCAUAGAAAUGGAUCGAAGCGCCUCAAGGGCUUGAGCGAGGUGGAUAUCUUAAAUUUUUAUGAGCCAAAGAAGUUGGGUCAUAAGGAUGCCAUGAAUCCUGGUCUGAAUACGAUGCCAGCCGGCUUUGGACUCUCUGGGUCAGAACGCAACAAAGCUGGGGGAUAUCCGUCGAAGUUUGAGUUCAUGGCAUUUGUCGAACCAGAUAUCGUUGCAGAAGGCAAGGACCCGUUUGUCGGAUCGUGGACAGUGGAUCGCAUGGAUACCAGCAAUUCGAAGGAUUACACUGUCCGAUGGGACGAUACAACAAGCUUUACACUUGAGGAUCUCCCAUACGAUAAGCUAGAGGGCGAUGAUUCAGAGAGACUCGAAUGGACCUACGAAAAAGAAAAAGAAGAAGUGGAAGUAGAAGUGGCCAAAGCAAAAGUCAAGCGCAAGCGUACGGUGAAACCUUCGACUUUUCCCACUGCUUCUUCCAAACAAAAACAAGACGAGAAAUAUAAUUUCACUCGAAUUCAGACCGCCCUGCCUUCGGAUCUGUCGGAUAUCUUGGACCCUGCGAUUGCUUCACGAGUCUUUGGUGUCGAGAUCGGAACCCCCAACGAGGUGACCGUCAAGAAGUCCCGAAAUCUGGGCAGCAAUGUCUUACUCUCGGAGCUCGAGAAUCGCUUCAUUGUCACCGUGACGGUCAUCCGCACGUUGACUGGCGGUCUCGAUGCCCAAAUCGACUGGGUACUGGUCGCGGAGAUGUUUUCUCAAUACUCGCUAAAUUUCCUCGCCAAGACCUGGAAAAACCUCCUUGCCGUAAAGAAGCCGGCCAUCAAGGAGCUGGAAGAGGAGUUCCGAAAAGUCUUCCUGGAAGCUUAUCAGAGUGGCGAGAUUCCGCCUCUCAAUUUCAACAAGUUGACCGAGUAUCCAUGGAGCACACUUAUCGACUGGGUCAUGGAGAACGUGGAGAGCUCGCUCAGCAACAAGAAGAUUCCUCUCCCUGGCACGAAAGCAGAACUUGACUCCACCUACGAGGUCGUGGCUUUCAAGGAGAACGAGAAGGAAAUUCGAGCCCCCUGGAGAGAAUACUUCUACCACCCUUCCAUGGCAGUCUACAAGCGGUUCGAAGGCGCAGCUUCCGAGGCCUUAACCGUACCCGUCGGCAGCAAAUCACGCAUCAAGGACGAAAUCGACCACCCGGCCGUCAUCCGAUCCUGGAUCCGCGCCGCCGCAGCAACUCCCGACGCCCAAUUCGACGCGGCCGUUGCCAAAUCAAAGAUGGACUCGUUCCGCCCCACCGACGUUAGGGACGCCAUCAACGAAUGCGUGGACAACAAAUGUAUCACGCGCCGCAGGGUAACGAAACCUGUCAACGGCAAAACAUUUUCCAUCCCCGAUACCUGGACCACCAAGUUCCGCCGCCAUAUCAAGGAUCCACAGUUCGUCGAGGCAGUCAUGUUCAAGCGCUGGAUGGACGCGCAGUUCCGCAGCGGCGUGCAGUGUAUCAAGGGCGACUACUUUGCCAACGAAGGCGCACUCAUGGUCCUCACUUCCCUGCAAGCCCAUGGCCGCCUCUCGUUCGUCGGCGUCAACGUGCCGAAGAAUCGCUUCGGACUCGGCGACGGCGGCUACGAGACGAAGAAGAUCCCCAAGGAGGCUUUCAUCUGGGACAUUGACAUCUACCCCACGGAAUCAUACGUCUUCGACGACGAGAACCCCGUGCUGCAGCGCUUCGGGGAGGUGGGCCCUCCGCGCGGUGGCAACAGCGGGGAGAUUCCCAUCUGGUUCAGCAUCAAGGAAGAGGUGGUGCCGGAGAUGUGGAACCGCAUCUUCGCGGGGGUGGCGCAGGUCGUGGCGCUGAGAGCGGGUAUUGGGCUCGAGGGCCUGAAGAGCUCGUUCAAGGAGGCUCUGGAGGAUUGGGAAUGGAAGCUGAUUUGUCAGUGGGGGGUUGCGAUGGGGGUCUUUGUGGAGGUUGGUGGAGGAGAGGAGACGGGGGCCGUGGAGGGGUACUCGGCCGGCGAAUGGUGGUGGGCUGUUGUCGGUGCGGGGUGUGCGGAUAUGCUGCAGAGACAGGCGCCGGAACUGCCCGAGCCUGCUCCUACUCCCCAGGGGGGUCAGAAUCAGAGGGAAGACGUGGCGAUGGGGGGUGUAUGA